AUGUCAAGCGGCGCUAUAGUUCCCCGUGGUCGACGCUCCCAUUCUCCGGGCUCAUCGGGCUCAGAAGAUGAACGCGACCGCAGCCCCCUUGCAAAAGCUCGCCAUGUCCUCAAGGACACCUUCUCCCAAUCCAACUCGGGCUUGGGUGUCGGUGUGCUUGGGGCCAUCGUCGGUGGUAUCGCCGCAAGGGAAGCCAGCGAGGCAACACUCCGUGCUCGAGGCAAAAGCCAUUCCGGUGAACAUGACAAAUCAACGCUGGUGUCUACCAUCAUCGGUGCAGCAGUCGGCGGCCUCGGCGCGAAUGCACUAGAAAAGCGACUUGAAUCAGCCAAGAAGAAGGACGAAGAGAAGCGAGAAGAGGGCGGACGUAGGUCCCAUGGCCCGAUCCGCGGAGCAAACGCAGACUAUUACGAUAAUGACGAUUACGACUAUGUGUAUGACCGCAAGACGAGACACCGAUGA